UCCUUAUUUUUAGAGAUUUAAAGUCAAUGGAAUCCGGUGUAGUUGACGGAAUGGAAUUAUUAGAAUGGCUACAGACUGGUGUUGGCGAUGAACGGGAUAUGCAAUUAAUGGCACUUGAACAGUUGUGCAUGACAUUAUUGAUGAGCGACAAUAUUGAUAGAUGCUUUGAAAGUUGUCCUCCACGCACUUUUCUGCCAGCAUUGGGUCGGAUAUUUAUUGAUGAAAGUGCGCCUGAAAAUAUUUUGGAGGUAACCGCUCGAGCAAUAACCUAUUAUUUGGAUGUUUCAAAUGAAUGUACUCGUCGAAUUACUCAAGUUGAAGGAGCAAUUAAAGCAAUUUGUAAUAGGCUAUUACUUGCCAAAAUGACUGACAGAACGAGCAAAGAUUUGGCCGAACAAUGUGUUAAACUUUUGGAACAUAUUUGUCAAAGAGAGGCUAGUGCUGUUUAUGAUGCGGGUGGUUUACAGGCAAUGCUUCACUUGAUAAGCCACCAUGACCAUUUACACAAAGACACAAUGCAUUCUGCAAUGGCUGUAAUCACCAAACUGUGUGCCAAGAUUGAACCUUUUGACUCAAAUUUGUCAGAAUAUAGCAAAAAUUUGGGCGAUUUGUUAAGUCAUGAUGAUGAAAAAAUUGCGGAGUGUGCUUUGAGAUGUUUCGCUGCAAUGACUGAACGUUUUAUCCGUCGUCAAAUGGAUCCUGUAGAAUUGGCUAGACCUAGCAAUUUAAUUGUACAUUUAUUUGAUUUGCUCAUACCUCCAGAACAGAAAAACAAUUUUUCUGAAGAUGAAAAGAAGGAAAAACAAAUUGAAAAAAAUAUGGAGCUUUCACGCAAUUCUGCUUUUAUUUCUGCUGUUUUGGCUUUAUUUGCUAAUUUGUGUAAAGCAAGUCCGACUGUUACUGCAGAAAUUCUUCAUUCUCCAAAACUUGUUUUUGCUUUACGGGUUGUUCUCAAUUGUAAAGAUGAGCGUUGCAUAAAUGAUUGCCUUCGUUUUAUUGAUUUUUUGCUUGUUUUGCUCUGUGAAGGGCGUGCUUCAAUUUCUAAACAUUGUUCUUUUGCGGAUACAGGUGCUGUUUCUUCUCUAGACAAGGCACAUCGCAACCUUAUCGACUCAAUUAGACAAAGAGACACUGAUGCUUUAAUUGACGCUGUUGAAAAUGAAUCUGUUGAUCCAAAUAUGACAGACGAUGUAGGCCAAACAUUAUUAAAUUGGUGUGCAGCUUUUGGAACACCUGAUAUGGUUAUUUAUUUGUGUGAUAAGGGGGCUGAUCCAAAUAAAGGAUUGAGGUCGUCUUCUUUACAUUAUGCUGCGUGUUUUGGAAGGGCUGAGAUUCUUUUGCGUUAUGGAGCUAAUCCUGACUUGCAAGAUGAAGAAGGCCGCAUAGCAUUAGAUAAGGCUCGUGAACGCAAUGAUGAAGCUCACCAAGUUGUUUGUGAAAUUCUUUCAAAUCCAGGAAUUUAUAUGAGUUCUUCAAUUACUUGUGCGGCAUUAAAAGAACAAGAUAAAAAGGAGGAAAAACAAUCAACAGUUAAAGAACAAAAGGAGGCUGUAAAAAUUGAAGAAGAAACAAAUAUAGACCCUGAUUUAGCUGAAAGUUUUAUUCAACAAUUGUUACCAAUUUUUUGUACAAUUUUUAAGUCUUCUCUUUCAACUGCAAUUCGUCGUGUUACUCUUACUUUAAUACGCAAAAGUAUUUUUCAUAUUUCUAAUGAUGGCCUAUUAGAUGUAAUUUCUUCAAAAAAUGAAUUUAUCUCAACAAAUCAACAAAAACAACAAAGUGGUUUUGUUGAAAUGCUUAUUGGGGUUUUAAUAAUUAUUCUGGAAAGUGGAGAAAAUAAUGUAGAUGCUAAAGAACAGGCUUUAUUGAUAAUUAAAUCUUUGUUACUUAAAAAUGCCAAAUUCUGGUCUGAACAAUUAAUCAAAUUGGGAGUUUAUGAAAAAAUUGAAAUUUUGGCUAGAGAGGCAGAAGAAACAACAACAACAAAAACGUCAAAUGAAAAAGAAAAUAAUUUUGAAGAAAAAAUUGGUGGUUGUUCUUCAACAACAGCUUUAGGAGGAGGAAAUGCUGAAUCAACAGCAUUAAAUAAUAAUAAUAAUUUGGCGGCUUUGUCUUGUGGUGAAAAAAGGGAAGAGGAUAAUAUUUCAACAAAUUCUGUUUAUACAGCUAAUAGGUCAAUAUCUUCAACACCUUCAAUCAGUUUACGUUCUGAUUCGACAGUUCCAUCAACUGAUUUAAACAUUGCAAGAAAUAAUCAAAAUUCUGCAAAUAAUGAUGAAAUUACUCCAUCCCCAACAAAUGAAUUAAUUGUUGAUGAACGGAGACUUUCAUGCUCUACAGCUAAAGAAGAAGUCGAAAAUAAUUUGAUAGGAGAAGAAGAGGAAGAAGGUGUUGAAAUUGAUACACAAAUAUUUAAUAGCGAUUUGGUUGAAGCUGCUACAACUAUUGCACAGGCAUUGGGUGUUCAAAUAGUCGAAGACGCUGCUUCUACUGACAACAAACCUGAAGAGUCUAAAUCUAAAGAAUCUGUUUCGACAGCAACUCCAGCCGUUGCUGGUUCUGAUGAUGUUUGGACUUUAACUCCCGGUGUUUACUAUCGUUGGCGUGAUUGGCGUCUAAUUCGGGCAAAUGAUUCUUUAUUUGUUUGGUGUGACGCUGUUGCGUUGGAAUUGAGUGAUGGCUCAAACGGCUGGCUACGUUUCUUAAUGAAUGGACGCUUAAGCACAUUAUACAGCAGUGGAAGCCCAGAAUAUGGUGCUGAUAAUGCUGAUACUCGUGCUGAAUUUUUUGAAAAAAUAAGAAAAGCAAAAAGUUCAAUCCCAGUUGGUGCUCCUUCCCAUUCAAUUUUAUCAAUUCCUCGCCCAGAAAAAACAACAAAGCCAUUAGAAUCUGGAAAUUGGCUUUUAAAUUCGUCAGAAUUAAAUACUUUAAAUAUUACAAAUAAAGAAGGAAUUCAACAAAAAAUGACAAUAAAAGAUGAUAUGCCAGGAUUUGUAUUUGAAUCGAGUAGACAACAAAAACAAAUGUUUACUGCAGAAUCUACAUUAGGCCACGAUUUUGUGACUGGAUGGGCUGCACGUGGAGGUGGUCGACGCCUUCGUUAUUUCCGCGUAGAAGUUCAAAAACAAAAAGUUGGCGAAUUAGCAAAAGAAAUUUGGGAAAAUUAUUUAAAAGAGGUUUGUGAUAGACCAAGAGAGGCAGUCCAAGAAAUUUUAAAAUGUUGUGAAGCUUUGGAUAAAUUGGCAAAUGAAAUUGUUGAAAUGGAAGGAAAAAAUGAUGGAGAGGAUGAAAAGAAUUUGGACAAGUGUAAAGCUGAGUUUGUUUCAAUACUCAAAAAAAUUCGUUCUUCUUUAUCUGAUGAUCGUCAAUUAUCUAUUUUUGAAAUUUCAAUUUCGGGUCUUGUUCCAGCUCUUUUAAAUUUGGUAAAAUUAAUUGAGGCAAAUCCAUCUGGAAUACUUGCUGAAUUGUUUACUGAGAUUUUCUUUAAUCCUCGUGAUUUGAGCGCUUUAGUUCGCAUUGUAAUCCUUGUAUUGGAAUCAAUGGAAAAAUUUCCUCAAUUUUUGUAUGAUUGUCCUGGUGGAAGUCCUUUUGGUUUUCAACUUUUAACAAGACGUUUACGUUUUCGAUUUGAAAAUGCAAAAAAGAAGAAUUCUGCUCCUUCAACUUUAAAAAGCGAAAGAGAAUUUGUUGAUAUAACAAAUCGUUCACUCAAAGCAGAGCCAUUAGUAACAAUUGCAGCAUUAAAAUCCUAUCUUAAUGAACAUUUUACAAAUUCAAAAAAUUCAACAGCAACCACUACUUCCACAACAGCAACUUCAACAAAUCUUCAACAUUAUACUCGUCCACCAACUGCCGCAUCAUUAAGAAUUGCAAGAAAAUUGCCUAAAUAUGUUGAAAAGAUUGCUUCAAAUGUUUCGACAGCUGCAACAAAUAUAACUGAUUUAAGAAAGAAAACAACUUCUGGUGAAGCUGAUACAACUACAAAAGCUAAUAAUGGACGUAAUGCUGCUAGUAUAAAUGCCAAUACAAAUCCGUGGAGUACACGUGAUUCUAGUUGUUUGGAAAAGAUUGGUGGAAAUAUAAAAAUGCCUACUAGACAAGGAGGAAAAUAUUCUUCUUCUACUAGUUCAAAGAAGUCUGGAUUAGCUACAGGUUCUCAAAAAUCAAGUACUAAAACAAGUGGUGGAUCUUCUAGAACACAAAGAGGAGGUGGAGGUUUACAACAAAAAGAUUUGUCUGAGAAAACCUCAAAUAAGGAUGAAGGAUCAAAUGUCUCUCAACAACAACAAAAAUCUAUGUCUACUACAAAUCUUUUUGAUGCCGAUCGUCGUUCUAAGGUUAAUUCUUCUGCUGCGUUCAACCAAGCUGCUAGUGCAGAAUCACUUCAACACCAAACACCUUCACUAGAAAAUUUACUUUCAAAGGCACUUUUACAUAAUUAUAGUAUUCCUGAAGAAUCUAUGGCAACACCAAAUUCGGGCAGUCCAGAGCCUAGAAUUUUACCUACAUUUGAAAAUUUACCUGGAAGAUUUGAUCAGAGAAAAGGAAGUGAAGAUGCUGCUGCACAGAGUGGACUUUCUAUUGGGGCAAGUUCAUUUGCCGGCGGUUCCCAACCAGUUCUCAAUACAAACACAUUUUCUAAUACUAAAGAGCGUUGUAACACUGUUGAUUCAUCCAAUGAACGUUUAGAAGAAGAGGAAGAUCAACAACAAUGUACUGAAUCUUCUACUGAUACUAUUAACGAAUCUAUUCAAAAACAUGAACAAGAAGUAGCUGAUCUUUUACAAUUUAUGGAUGGUCCAUUUAUGAUGCCACAAGAAUUAUUUGGUGGUGAUCUUAUUGAAGAGCAAGUAGAAGUCCAUCAAUCAGAACAUACUGCAGAAGGUGAUGAAACAGUUGUUGUUGAAACCGCUUCUGAUCUGACUGCCACUGACUCUUCUGCUACUGUUGGUAUACCAAUGCGUGAUGUUAUUAUUGAAGAAGAAACAUCUUCAUUAAAAACAGCAAUUGAAUGUUCUGAAGAAGAUAUUGCUGGAGAUAAUAAUUCUACAAAAACUGCGAGCUCAAAUACUGGAGGCGGUGGAGGAAGUAGACAUAGCCAAAGAAAAGCUGCUAUGAUGCCGAGACGUACAACUGAUCAGCAAGCUUCUACAUCAGGCUCUGGAGCUUCUUCUGGUAUCGGCAAUAUACGUGAAAAAAUUGGAAGUUACACCGAUAUUUUAAAGCAUAUGAUGAGUCAGGUUAUUGAAGGUGGAGAUACUAGCGAUGAAACAUUUGUGGAUGAUAAUGAAUUUGAAAGUGAUAUUUAUGAUGAUGAAUUACUUAAUCAAUAUUAUAUUGAAGCAGAAUGUGAACCUGUAGAUUUAAAUGAGUCUGUUGGAGGAGGAGGUUUUUCACUUCCUUCAGAUUCUUCGGGUAAUACUGGAGAGAAAGCAACAGCAAUUAUACCUACAACUACAGCUUCAAAUAUUAUUGGUGAUGGAAUUGGUUCUACAAGUAUUUUAAGUGAAGCAGUUGCUGCAUUGGAAAGUAUCAGCCAAGCUGCUGGAAAUCCUCAAGCUGCAUUAGCUGCAAUUCGUGCAAUUAUAGAAAGAGGUGAUGCUUUUGGUGGUCAUAUAUUUGGUAGUGGAGGAUCUUCUUCUUCAGAUACACAUAAACGUUGGCGUCAAAUGUUUUCUCAAGAAGAAAUUUUGGCAGCAAAUAGUGGUGGAAAUAUUGGUGAUAAAACUGGUGGUGGUUGUGCACGUGCUAUACGUUCAGGAGGAGGUGCUGGAAUUAAUAAAUCUUCAAAUUCUACAAAUAAUAAUAAUGGUGGGUGGAAUGAUGAAUUUGUUUUGAGGCAACACUUUGAUGCUUUAAUCCCAGCUUUUGAUCCAAGACCUGGUAGAACUAAUGUUAAUCAGACUCAAGAAGUUGAACUCGUCGAUAAUAUUCAAUUUAAUACUUACCAAUCUUCUACUACAAAUACUUCAAAUAAUCAACAACAAAUUAAACCUAAAAAAUCAUGUUUGAAACAAUUACAAUUAAAGCUUUAUCUUAAAAUGGAAGUUAAUAAUAAUAAGAAAAAUGUUGUUGUUGAAAAUGUUGGAGAAGAAAAAAGAAGUGAAGAAGACAAAUUGGAAAAUAAAGAAGGAAAAAUGGCAAAAAAAGAAGUUUUGGUUGAAUUAAAUGAUGAAAAUGUUUCGUUAUUUAAAUAUGUACAAGAAUUGCUAAUUAAAAAUUCACAACACAAAGCAACUAGUGGAGGUACUUCUCUUGAAUUAAAUAAUCAAUUGUGGGAAAAUACAUAUACUAUAAUUUAUGAAAUAAAUUCUGAUAAAAAUGAAAAAAAUGAUCAAGUUUUGAAACAAGAAGAAGUAGAGGAAAAUUUAAACUGUUUGGAUAACAAUAAAAUUUGUGGUGAAAGUAGUAAUAAUGUUCCUCUAGUUGGACAGGCUCUCGAACUCGUUCGAAUUUUAAAUUUUUUGGCAACUACAAUUAACAACCAACAAUCUUCUUUAUCAGAAAUUGAUUCUUCCACUACUUCUUUAUCUUCAUUAAAAUCAGAUGUAUUUUAUAGUGCCAAAUUAACUCAAAAAUUAUGUCAAGAAUUGGCAGAUCCAUUAGUUGUUGCUGCAAAAACUUUGCCUUCUUGGUGUAAUGAAUUAGUUUACAAAUUUCCUUGUUUAUUCUCUAUGGAUACACGUGUUAUGUACCUUAAUACAACAGCAUUUGGAACAUCUCGCGCCAUAGGUUAUUUACAAAAUCGCCGUGAUCAUUUACUUGAACAAAGCCGUUCUGCUGCUACAUCAGCAGCUGGUACAAGUAAUAUGGCUGGAUUGAGAAGGGAAGAUCAUUAUCCUGAAUAUAGAAUUGGACGUGUUAAACAUGAGAGAAUAAAGGUUUAUCGAAGUGAUAAACUAUUUUUGGAAAAUGCAAUUAAAGUACUUAAAUUCCAUGCUACACGUAAAUCUAUUCUUGAAAUUGAAUAUUAUGGUGAAGAAGGAACUGGUUUGGGGCCUACAUUGGAAUUUUUUGCUUUGAUUGCUACAGAAUUUCAACGUAAAGAUUUGUGUAUGUGGUUAUGUGAUGAUGAAGAAGAUGUUGAUGCUUCAUUAAACAAAAAUUCUUCUAUUCAAUCAUCAGAUUUUUCUUCAACAAUACUCAAUCCUUGUUGUAAACCUCCAGGUUUUUAUGUCCAUUCUGUUGGUGGUUUAUUCCCGGCUCCAUGGCCUACAAUUACAAAUUGUGCUGAUAAUUUUUCAAAACAAUUGGAACUUUUCCAAUUAUUUGGAGUUUUUAUUGCUAAAGCUAUACAAGAUGAUCGGCUUGUUGAUUUACCCCUAUCUCCAGUAUUUUUGAAAUUAAUUCUUUCUUCAGAGUUAAAUUCUUCCUCUUCAACACCUUCAAUUGACUCAGUUCUCAAUUUGGAUGAUUUUAUGCAAAUAUUCCCAGAAAAGGCAAAAUUGCUCAAAUCAUUAAUUGAAUAUAAUUUAAAAAUAAAAGAAGUAAACAAUAAAAAUGAUUCUGAAAAAAUACUUGUGCAAUUUGGGGAUUCUGAAUGUUCUUUGGAAGAUUUGUCUUUAACUUUUGCUGUAAAUCCUCCAUCUAAAGUCUUUCCAUAUUCACAUGCUGAACUUGUUGAAAAUGGUUUGAAUAUUGACGUGACUGUAGAAAAUGUUGAGCUUUAUAUUGAAAAAUGCCUUGAUUUUUAUUUAAAUACGGGAAUUAAAGAACAGGUGUUUGCCUUUAAACAUGGAUUCAAUAUGGUUCUUCCCUUGUCUGCUUUAAGUCCGUUUUCUGCAUCAGAACUUCAAUUACUUAUUUCUGGUGAACAAUGCCCUAAAUGGACAAGAGAAGAUUUAUUACGUUAUACAGAACCUAAACUUGGAUAUACUCGUGAUUCGCCUGUAUUUAUCAAUUUUGUUGAUGUUCUGAAUAAUUUCGAUUCGACUGAACGCAAAGCCUUUUUACAAUUUACAACCGGUUGUUCUUCAUUACCACCUGGCGGACUUGCAAAUUUACAUCCACGCUUAACAAUUGUAAGAAAAGUUGGGUCUGGAGAUGGAUCUUAUCCUUCAGUAAAUACUUGUGUACAUUAUUUAAAAUUGCCCGAAUAUAGCACUGCCACAAUUUUACGGGAACGUUUAUUGGCCGCUACAUAUGAAAAAGGAUUUCAUUUGAAUUGA